AGGCUCAGCCUAGUCCAGGCAAGCUACUGGCACCAGCUGCUCUCAGCUAACCUCCACACAAUGGUGUUCGCAUUUUGGAAGGUCUUUCUGGUCCUAAGCUGCCUUACAGGCCAGGUUACUGCGGUGCAAGUGACCAUCCCACACAGUUUCGUGGACGUGACUGUUGGAUCUAAUGUCACUCUCGUCUGCAUCUACACCACCACUGUGGCCUCCCGAAACCAUCUUUCCAUCCAGUGGUCUUUCUACCAUAAGAAGGAGAUGGAGCCAACUUCUCACAGCUCGUGCCUCAGUACUGAGAGUAUGGAGGAAAAGGCAGUCAGUCAGUGUCUAAAAAUGACGCAUGCGAGAGACGCUCGGGGAAGAUGUAGCUGGACCUCUCAGAUUUACUUUUCUCAAGGUGGACAAGCUGUUGACAUUGGGCAAUUUAAAGAUCGAAUUAUAGGGUCCAACGAUCCAGGUAAUGCAUCUAUCACUAUCUCGCAUAUACAGCCAGCAGACAGUGGAAUUUACAUCUGUGAUGUUAACAACCCUCCAGACUUUUUCGGCCAAAACCAAGGUGUCCUCAACGUCACUGUGUUAGUGAAACCUUCUAAGCCCCUUUGUAGCAUUCAAGGAAGACCAGAAACUGGCCACACUAUUUCCCUUUCCUGUCUCUCUGCACUUGGAACACCUUCCCCUGUGUACUACUGGCAUAAACUUGAGGGAAAAGACAUCGUGCCAGUGAAAGAAAACUUCAACCCAGCCACAGGGAUUUUGGUCAUUGGAAAUCUGACAAAUUUUGAACAAGGUUAUUACCAGUGUACUGCCAUCAACAGACUUGGCAAUAGUUCCUGCGUAAUUGAUCUCACUUCUUCACAUCCAGAAGUUGGAGUCAUUGUUGGGGCCUUGAUUGGAAGCCUGGUAGGUGCGGCCAUCAUCAUCUCUGUUGUGUGCUUUGCAAGGAAUAAGGCAAAAGAAAGGAAGAGAAAUUCUAAGACCGUCGCGGAACUUGAGCCAAUGACAAAUAUAAACGCCAGGGAAGAAAGGGAAACAAUGUCAACAGAAGAUGCUACCCAAGUAGAAGCAACUCUACCACCUUCCAUUCAUGAGACUGGCCCUGAUACCAUCCAAGAACCAGACUAUGAGCCAAAGCCUACUCAGGAGCCUGCCGCAGGACCAGAGCCGAAGGCAGUGCCUAACCUUGACAUCGAGCUGGAGCUGGAGCCAGAGCCAAAUCUGCAGUCAGCAUUGGAGCCAGAGCCGGAGCCAGAGCCGGAGGAGGCAGAGCCAGAGCCAGAGCCAGAGCCUGAGGUUGUAGUUGAACCCUUAAGUGAAGAUGAAAAGGGAGUGGUUAAGGCAUAGGCUUAGUGGUCUAAGUACAGCAUUAAUCAUUAAGGAACCCAUUACUUACCCAUUACUGCCAUUUAGAAUUCAGACAACCUAACCAACCUCCACCUCCUCCCUCCAUUUUUACCAACCUUCUUCUAACAAGGUGCUCAUUCCUACUAUGAAUCCAGAAUAAACAUGCCAAGAUAACUACUAAAUCAGUGUAAGUGUUCCUGCAUUACUAAUGUAGAGUACUCAGAAUUUUACUAACAUGUAAGCAUAGCAAAUGACAAGGCAUGUGAUUUCUAACUUAGUUGAAAGAGUUUUGCAACAGUACCUGUGUUAUUUCAGAAAAUCUUAUUUCUCUCUCUCCCUUUUUUUUUUUUUUUUUUUUUUUUUUUUUUUUUUUUUUUUUUUUGAGAUGGAGUCUCAUUCUGUCACUCAGGCUGGAGUGCAUUGGCACAAUCUUGGCUCACUGCAACCUCCGCCUCCCUGGUGCAAGUGAUUCUCCUGCUUUGGCCUCCUGAGUAGCUGGGACUACAGGCACGUGGCACAACACCCAGCUAAUUUUUUGUAUUUGUAGUAGAGACGGGGUUUCACCGUGUUAGCCAGUAUGGUCUUAAUCUCCUGACCUUGUGAUCUGCCUCCCUGGGCCUCCCAAAGUGCUGGGAUUAUAGGUGUGAGCCACCGUGCCCAGCCUCUUUUUAGCUACUCUUAUGUUCCACAUGCACAUAUGAAAAGGUGGCAUUAAUUAGAUUCAAUAUUAUUUCUAGGAAUAGUUCCCCAUUCAUUUUUAUAUUGACCACUAAGAAAAUAAUUCAUCACCAUUAUCUCAUAGAUUGGAAAAUUUUCUCCCAAUACAAUAGAGAAGAAUAUGUAAAGGAUAUGUCUUAAUUGGUACGUAGCAUUUCAAAUCAGGUCUUAUAAUUAAUGCUUCAUUCCCCAUAUUAGAUUUUCCAAGAAGUCACGCUGGUAUCAAAUAUCUGAGCAUGGCAAACUUAAAAAUUAACACAGCUUUACACCUGUAAUCCUGGCAUUUUGGGAGGCUGAUGUGGAUCACCUGAGGUCAGGAAUUUGAGACCAGCCUAGCCAAUGUGGUGAAACCCUGUCUCUAUUAUAAAUACAAAAAUUAGCUGGGCAUGGUAGCACAUGCCUGUAAUCCCAGCUACUCAGGAGACUGAGGCCGGAUAAUUGCUUGAACUGGGAGGCGGAGGUUGCAGUGAGCUGAGAUUGCACCACUGCACUCCAGCCUGGGUGACAUAGUGAGACUCCAUCUCAAAACAAUACCACCACACACACAACUUUAAAUGUCAAAUAAUGUACCACCAAACAUUUUCAAAUAUAAUUUUCCUUCAGUGAACACAAAAUGUUGAUAUCACAGGUAAUGUACAAUUUAGUUUUGAAUGAGUUAUGUUAUCACUGUGUCUGGCGUUAACUGCUUUGAAAGGCAGAUGAGAAAAGUGUUCUAAAUGAACACUUACGAUCUAUUUUAGAUAAUUUCAACUAAUAAUUUAAAUAAUCUGUUUUACUGCUCGUAUAUUUCACAUUAAUAAAGUGAUACCAAUCUUGUAGGAAUGCUAAAUAUUACUAAAAUGCACUGAUAUCACUUCUUCUCCUAUUAAAAAGCUUUUCCAUGAUCAUAUUUAACUCACAUUUCACCUAGAAGAAACUUAUAGAUAGACUUACCUUUUCACUUGUGGAAUCAAUUAUAUUUUAAAUCUUACUUUAAGGCUCAAUAAAUAAUAUUCAAUAACAUCUCAUUGCCAGUACCUUAAUAAAAAACUUUCUUGACAUUGCAUUUAUGCAUAAUAAACCACACAUUUAAAGUGUA